AUGGUCGAAGUUAAAAAUCCAUCUGUGGCAGCCUUCACCGCUGUCUCAACGUGCGCCGCCCCUAAUUCCAAAUGUUGCUAUCGCGUCACAAACUGUACCGACAGCAACAUGACCUCGCCAAUUCGGAUUGAAGCGGAGGACCAGAAGAGGAUCUUCAUCAGUUCGGUUAAGCUCUUUCUCAAGAACUUGGCGCUGCUCGUCACUCAGUCCGAUCAACGACUGCGUCAGCUUCGCGGCAUUUACUGGAAGAAAGUGCGGGUCCGAUGUGCUAUUUCUUUCAUUCGCGCAGUUAUUCCUCGUAACUCGCUGGCUGCGUCACCUCGGUUGUUGCCUUCUUUUUUUGCUGCUUCUCUGCUUCUUGCUUGGUGCCAUUGCGGUGAAUGA